AGAGAGAGAGGAGGGGAGAGAGGGACUGGAGGAGGCCGAGAAAAGGAAGAUGCGGAAUGGCGCCAGUACCAAAGAGAGGGAGCGAUGCGAUGGGGUUGGGUUGGACACGGGGGGAAUGAGACCGAUUCGAGGGAGGAAAUGAAGAAAACGGACAGAAGUAAAGGCCCCUAGGGCAGCAGGCCUUCUGCGUUCGACUGGGCCGCUGCCACCGACUUGCUUGCUCCCUUUUUGGUCCUUCGAAUUCGAGCACCGUGCAAUAAUUUCUAGCGCUUGGUAAGUCAGGAUGGAUUCCUCCUCUGCUGCUGCUGCUGCUGCUGCUGCUGCCGUCUCUUGUUCUCCUCUCAAGCAAUUCAGCAGCGGCGACGUUGGCAUCCACGAUUUGUCCUUCUCAACCCCCUGGGAAGGCAGGCUCCCGGAACCAGUGACAAGAUGGGGCCUGCGUUCCGUCACUUACACACCUUACUUUCUUUGUGCCUCAGGUACCUACUCACCUAUAUAUAGGUACUAUAUAAAUACAGUAGGUAGGUACUCCGUACUCCGUACUACAUUCUUCAAGAGAGUCCACACUGCACGGUGGCUUCUUAUCUGGCACGAGGCCAUUUGCUUUGGUUCGAUGGAAAGACCAUUAUUUGGAUACCCGGUUCUUGCUCCUGACGGAGCGCAUGACAACAGCCGACACCCAAAAAUUGACGAGAUCUACCGGACUUCGCCAACGCCGGACUCGCCAGGCUUGGUGGCUCGAUGGGUAGGGUAUCCCUCCCUGGCCCUAGAACAAUAG